UUGCGGCUUAAUAAUUUCCUACUUGCUAUAUUUUCGAAUUCAAUCGUACUGGAUUUAAAUUCAGUGUUUUGGACGUGAAAAUCGUCAUUGAGCAUUGACUAGCGCAAUUGGCGCCGAGUACCACCAACACGUGGAGUCCGAUCGUUUUAAGCCAUGUCGAAGUACAAUGCCAGUAAGUUGCGGCAAAUGAAACAAGGCGUGGAGAAAAUACAACAUGGUAAGUUACGGACAAACAUACCAGCCGGCAUGGCCACACCGGGGCCUCCUCUCGGGCCUAUGUUGGGGUGCAGGGGCAUCAACAUUACGGCUUUCUGCAAGGACUUCAACGAGAAGACCAAAGACAUAAAAGAAGGCAUACCACUGCCGACCCGGGUGCACGUCAAUCCAGACCGCAGCUAUCAGAUAUCGAUUACAAAACCCCCGUCCAUGUACUACCUGAAGCAAGCUGCGGGCAUACAAAAAGGAGCCAUGAACCCCCUGAAAGAGACGGCCGGAAUGGUUACGCUCAAACACGUGUACGAAAUAGCGUUGAUCAAGCAGUCUGACGAGAACCUGGAGUUCAGGGAACUAGAAGAAAUAUGCAACAUGUUAAUUUCUACUGCCAGGUCGUUAGGCAUCAAAGUAGUCAAAGAUUUGAAUGCAGAGGAUUAUCAACAAUUCUUAGAAGAACGAAAAGUUGUGUUGGAAGAACGAAAACGAGAAUUGCAAGAACUGAAAGAAGCAAAAAUGCUUAGAACCGCGUAAAUAAUUAGUUAAUCAUCAUUGUUAGAAGUAUGUAUCAAUAAAAAUUAGUUUUAUAUAAACUCACUGUGUUGUUA